GAAGUAUUUAAAUAGAUAAAGUAUAAGUUUAUGUAUCGAGUCUCUGCAAACUAAUACAAGUUUGAAAGACAACGAGUGCAUUUGGCCUUUCAAUAUUGAAUAGCCAACUUUAAUGGGUGAAAUAUUUUAUAAUUCAUCAUAUAUCCACUCAUUCUUCUCUUCAUAUUAUUCAUAUAUAGUAUCCGUCCUCUUUAUCCGGUCCAACACACAUAUCAAAGCGAAAAACUCAUUCUCCUCUUCUGACCACCAUGUGCACGUUAGAAAAGUCAGGCAACAUCUUCUAUCUUACGCUUACCGGCGACGAUGAGCACCGACUGAAUCCUACUCUCAUCACCACCAUCCGUUCAUUUGUAGCCGAAGUUAAAUCCCAAGCCGUGAAGGGUUCCGUUCUGAUCACAAAAGCCCAAGGCAGGUUCUUCUCUAACGGCUUUGAUCUAAAGUAUGCACAAGCCGCUGGUUCAGCGCAAGCUGCCAAAGAUCGGCUACACAACAUGGUGGCCUUGUUCAAGCCGCUGGUCGCCGAUUUCCUAUCACUCCCAAUUCCGACCAUCGCCGCCGUCACCGGCCACGCGGCGGCUGCGGGGCUGCUGCUAGCGAUAAUCCAUGAUUAUGUAACCAUGAGAUCGGAUAAAGGAGUGGUGUAUAUGAGCGAGUUGGAUAUAGGGAUGACUUUGCCCGACUAUUUUACGGCGAUGAUAAGGUCUAAGGUUGGAUCCUCAGCUUCUCGGCGGAAUUUGGUUUUGAAAGCAACGAAAAUGAAGGCGGAGGAGGCGGUGGUGAUGGGAAUUGUGGAUUCUGCGCAUCCUACGGCGGAGGAGGCGGUGGUUGCGGCGGUGAGACUGGCGGAGGAGCUGGGGAAGAAGUGUUGGAAUGGCAAAGUGUAUGCAGAGCUGAGGAAAUCGUUGGUUCCGGAAGUGUGUGGAGUUUUAGGGUUGAAACAUACCGCUGUCUUGCCUUCACGCUUGUGAGAAUCACUUUUUCAUUCAGAAAGUUGUUUUUUUUUCGCCGGCUUUUUACAAAUACUAGUGAUGAUAAUAAUUGACCCUAUUUCAUCUUUGAACAAUAUUGUGUCAUCGCAUGCUGUCUAAAAAUUAAUUCUCGAUGUGAACGCCUAUAUUGAGAUGCUAAUCUAGGAUUUAAAAGGUGA